AUGGCGCGAAGUCGGUGGUCGCCUUUGUCGCUUUUCCUCUGCGCCGUCUUCUUCUUUUCCGCACAGGUCUUUGCGGUGUCUGCCGUGCUAGGUAUUGAUCUCGGCACGGAGUACAUCAAGGCGGCACUGGUCAAGCCUGGCAUACCCUUGGAGAUUGUCCUGACCAAGGACUCGAGGAGAAAAGAAGCUUCAGCCGUUGCCUUCAAGCCGUCGCAAAAUGGACCGAAAGCAGGUGCCUACCCGGAACGACUGUACGGCUCUGAUGCAAUGGCCCUCGCUCCUCGAUUCUCAGGCGAUGUUUACCCCAACCUCAAGACUCUUUUGGGUCUGCCCGUGACCGAUCCCGUCGUGACAGAGUACGCAGCCAGACACCCAGGUCUUCAGAUCGAGGCGGAUAAGACGAGAAUUACUGCGGCAUUCAAGAGCAAGGGGGCUUUUACACAAGAGGAGGAGGCCUGGUUGGUGGAGGAGCUGCUGGCGAUGCAGCUGCAGAGCGUCCAAAAGAACGCAGAGUCUCUGGCAGGCUCUGGAACAACUGUUCGUUCUGUGGUUCUCACCGUGCCUCCGUUCUUCACCGUCGAGGAGAAGCGCGCAGUGGAGCUGGCAGCUGAACUUGCCGGGCUGCGUGUCCUGUCUCUGAUCAGCGACGGUCUCGCAGUUGGCCUCCACUAUGCGACAAGCCGCCAGUUCCCCAACGUGAAUGAUGGAGCGAAGCCCGAGAUUCACAUGGUUUUUGACAUGGGUGCGGGAUCAACCAAAGCCACCGUCAUGAAGUUCCAGAGCCGCACUGUCAAAGAUGUUGGCAAAUUCAACAAGACGGUCCAGGAGGUCCAGGUGCUGGGCAGUGGCUGGGAUAGGACUCUAGGCGGCGACGCCCUGAACUCGCUCAUCGUCGACGACAUGGUCGCUCAAUUUGUUGACUCGCCUGCCGCCAAGAAGGCCGGUGUCACGGCUGACAAAGUCAAGGCUCAUGGCCGUGCUGUCGCCAAACUGACCAAGGACGCCGAGAGGUUGCGCCAUGUUCUCAGCGCAAACAGCAACACCCAGGCUAGCUUCGAGGGCCUCUUCGACGACGUAGACUUCAAGUACAAGAUCGAGCGUACGGCUUUUGAGAAGAUGGCCGAGGCGCACGCUGACCGAGUCGCUGUUGCUGUACGCAAUGCGUUGGCAAUGGCUGGUCUGAAGGAUGCGGACCUGGACUCUGUCAUCCUCCACGGAGGUGCCUCCCGCACGCCGUUCGUCCAGAAGCAGCUGGAAGGCCUAUUUGGCAACGCGGAUAAGCUCCGCACCAAUGUCAACUCAGACGAGGCUGCAGUGUUCGGAGCGGGUUUCAGGGCCGCUGAUAUCAGCCCCAGUUUCCGUGUCAAGGAAAUCCGUGUAUCGGAGGGCGCGUCAUAUCCUGCCGGUAUCAAAUGGACCAACAGCAAGGGCAAGCUCCAGCACCAGCGCCUGUGGACACCUACCUCCCAUCUCGGAGCUCAACCCAAGGAGAUUACCUUUUCCAACAAAGAGGAUUUCACUGUGGAAUUUUAUCAGCAAGUCCCCUCUCAAGCAACCGCUUCCGACCUGGUACAGAAGCCCACCAAGCUAUUCGCCACCAAGAACCUCACUGCCACGGUGGCAAUGCUCGGUGACAAGUAUGGCUGCGAUACUACCACGGCCUCUUUCAAGGCUGCGAUGCGCCUGAGCAGCGAGAACGGCGAGGUUGAGAUCACCAAGGCCGCCGUUGAGUGCGAGGUCGAAGAUCAGGAGAAGGAAGGCUUCGUUGACGGUGUCAAGAAUCUUUUUGGGUUUGGAAAAUCCAAGGACCAAGAGCCGCUCAAGGGAGAAGAGGCAACUGCAAGUGGUGAGGAGACGCUAUUUGAUGCUUCCUCAACUUCUACAGAGUCCACCUCCUCUUCUGCCUCUACCCAAUCUUCUUCCUCAGCUACUACAACGGCCAGCUCCGCUGCUGAACCGAGUGAUGCCAAGGAGAAAGUUUUGAAGAAGAAGCUGGUCUCAAUCCCCGUUGACUACAGCCUCGAGAAGGCGGGCAAUCCUCAGCUCUCCAAGACCCAAAUUGCAUCACUCAAGGACAGACUCAAGGCUUUUACGGCUUCCGACCGGUCGCGGCAACAGAGGGAGGAGGCACUCAACCAGCUUGAGGCCUUUACGUACAAGGUGCGUGACUUGCUCGACAGCGAAUCCUUCAUUGCCGUAUCGUCCGACGAAGAGCGAUCAAAGCUUGAGAAGCAGAGCAGCGAGACAAGCGAUUGGCUGUAUGGCGACGGCGCGGAUGCUUCACGAGACGAGUUGAAGAAGAAACUGAAGGCACUGCAAGACAUUGUUGGGCCCAUACAGAAUCGCAUUGAUGAAAACGCGAAGCGACCCGAGCUCGUCCAAGGGCUCAAGGACGCUUUGAAGCAAACAGAUGAUUUUGUCAAGUCCAUCAAGGAAAAGAUCGCUGAGCACAAGGCAUUCUUGGCCUCUUCAUCGUCUUCUUCUACAACGACCGAAGCCUCUUCGACCACAGCUGCCCCUUCCAAGGACGAUUUCGACGGUCUUGAAGACGAGGACGCUGCUUCUACCACCAAAGAGCCGGAUAUGGACGACGUCCUGAAGGAGCGUGGCCCCGUCCCGCCGUUGUAUACUCUUGAAGACCUCAAGGAAUCCGAGGACCUCUUCAAGACUGUCACUGCGUGGCUGGAUGAGAAGAUCGCUGAGCAGGCCAAGCUUGGCCCGGCAGACGACCCUGUCCUGACGAUCAAGGACCUGAAGCUCAAGCGAGAGAAGCUUGACAAGGCAGGCAUGGACCUUGCCAUGAAAGCUGUCCGAAACUUUGAGGGCAAGAACAAGAAGAAGGCGAAGUCGAAGUCGAGCAAGACGAAGAAGCCCAAAUCAUCGAAGACGGAUGAGCCGGCCGCGGGUCAGACAAUCAAGCUGAAUGUCGGGGAGGACGGCCAGAUACCGAGCAACGAGGAGCUCGAGGAGAUCCUCAAACAAUACAAAGCAGAGCAAGAGCAGAACCAGGGGGCAAAGAAGGAGGAGAAGGACGGCGAGGCAGUCAAGCACGAUGAGUUGUGA